AUGUUUACUCUGGGCAUAAAUAUUACAAAGGUGGCCAACGAGCAUCAGCACUUGACUGAAACGCACGAGGUGAAAGCGGGAUGGUCGUUCUACUUGAUACUAGCCGGGGUGGUGACCACCUUAGGUUCUUCCUUGCCCGUUGGGUUCAACAUCGGAGUCGUCAAUACUCCAGCUGAUCUUAUCAAGACCUUCUGCAACGAAAGUUUUAUAAGUCGCUACGACUUGCCUUUGGAUAAAACAUGGCUCAACGUGCUCUGGUCUUCCGUCGUAUCCAUAUUCAUAGUGGGUGGUUGCACAGGCUCCAUACUGGGUUCCGUCCUCGCUAACAAAUUUGGAAGAAAGAAUGCUACAAUAGUAACGAAUAUUCUGUUCAUUGCGGGUGCAGUACUAUUUUUAUUCUGUCGAGCCGCUAAUUCUGUUGAAAUGCUUAUAGUUGGAAGAUUAUUAGUCGGUUUGGCUGGAGGUCUUACGACAAGCAUAGUUCCUAUGUACUUAACUGAGCUAUCACCACCGAGCCUGACUGGGGCAAUGGGUGUUGCCUGCCCCAUGGGGGUCAAUGUUGGUGUUCUGGUGGGGCAAGUUAUGGGAUUGGAUUUUAUAUUAGGUGGUGCUAACGACUGGCCCUAUCUUCUAUCCGUCUACGUGUUGCUAGUCAUAGUGUGUUUACCUGUACUAUUUAUAUUGCCUGAAAGUCCAAAAUAUCUGUUUGUUAUUAAGAGAAACGAAGCUGCCGCUAUUAAAGAAUUGAGUCGUCUCCGAGGCCCGUCUGUCCCAUUAACCGACGACCUUGAGUUCCUCCGUGAAGAGUUGCAAGUGGAAGUAGGGGCCAGCGAGAAGUGGAACAUGUGGAGCGUUCUACAGGAUCCUAGACUUCGCCUGAUACUGCUGCUCACGUGUAGUAUGCAGGCCGGCCAGCAGACUAGUGGGAUUAAUGCUGUGUUCUACUACUCUCAUAUGAUAUUCAAGCAGGCGGGCCUGUCGGAACUGCAGGCCCAGUACGCGACUAUCGGCUGUGGGUCUAUCAACGUAUGCACAGCCGUGAUAAUGCUGUACCUGCUGCCCAGGACCGGCCGCAGACCUCUACUGCUGGGGUCGACCCUCGCUGCUGCGGUAUUGCUAGCGUCUCUGGCCGUGUCUAUGAUCUAUAUUCACGCACUAUCUUGGAUGCCAUACGUGUGUAUGAUGGCUGUGCUGUCAUAUGUUUUGGUAUAUGGGUUCGGUCUCGGUCCUAUCCCCUAUUUCAUUGCUUCGGAGAUGUUCGAGGUGGGCCCGCGGCCGGGCGGCAUGGCGUGGGGCUCGCUGGGCAACUGGGCGGGCAACUUCCUCGUGGGCAUGAGCUUCCCCGCGCUGCGCGACGUCAUCGGCCCGCACUGCUUCUUCAUCUUCGCCGCGCUCACCGCCGCGCUCUACGCCUUCCAGAGAUUCUACUUACCAGAGACGAGAGGCAAAACGCCAACUCAGAUAACACAGCUCUGCAGUCGCGGGUUCAGAUCCCGUCCGCGCAACACGCGGGAACUUGGAUACGUAUGACGGUGACGUCACACUUGUUUCAUAUACUAUACAAAAGUAUAUAAUAUAUUCAACUAUAUAAAAAGAAAAAAAUUGAUACAAC